CCGAGAACCCCCAACAAAUCUCCUAAAAAGGACUAUAUUGCCAUCUUUAAGUCAUCGGGGUGACCAUGGCGCACGCCGGGACUCUCCGCGCGUCCCUGCUACUGAUUUUACUUCAGUUAGUCCUCAUCAUCUCCGCACAGAGGGGGCCAGUUGGUCCGAGAGGGCUGCCUGGACCUCCAGGGCUUCCUGGAUUUCCUGGUGUAGAUGGCAUUGAUGGUGAAAGAGGACCUGGCCCCGGCCCAGUUGGACCCCCAGGCCUUGAUGGAGACAAUGGCAGAAAUGGGUUAAAUGGCCUUCCAGGAAAACCUGGAGCAGAUGGUUUGACUGGGCCCCGUGGUGCUCCUGGCCCUGUUGGCCCUACUGGACAGAAAGGUGAACCUGGCGAGCCGGGACUGAGAGGAGCCGCUGGUGUUGGAGAGGAUGGUGAAGCUGGUGCUGAUGGAGAUGAUGGUUUACCUGGUGAGAUGGGAAAAGUUGGACCUCCAGGAAGCCGUGGAGUGAGAGGUCCUGUUGGUGAUCAAGGACUGCCUGGACCCAGAGGCCCUCCUGGAGUCUGGGAUGGUAAGGAGCUGUGUCCAAAUUCAUGCACUUCUGGCCUGAAUGGAUACACAGGUCUUCCAGGCAUGAAGGGCCACAAAGGUGUCAAAGGUGAAUCAGGAGAACCAGGAAGGCAAGGACAUAAGGGUGAAGAAGGAGACCAGGGACGAACUGGAGAACAGGGAACACAAGGACUACCUGGUAAGCAGGGUCUCAGAGGAAUUACAGGAUUGAUGGGCCCUAAAGGGGACAGGGGACCUCGUGGGAAUGUUGGAGAUCUGGGUCCUCAGGGUAUUCAAGGUGCUCCUGGUGAUCAAGGCCAAAGAGGAAAAUAUGGUGAAACUGGACCAAAAGGGUCUCAGGGACCUGAAGGGUUGCAAGGACUUCCGGGUUUACCUGGACCAAAAGGAGACGCUGGUUUGCCAGCAGUUGAUGCUCGUGAUGGUAUUCCAGGACUGCCUGGAGUAAAGGGUCUUCCUGGAAAAGUUGGCUCUCCUGGGGAUGCUGGACUUCAGGGAUUUCCAGGUCUGCCUGGCAUUUCAGGAGCAAAAGGCCACAUGGGUCUAAAAGGAAGUACUGGUGAUCCAGGUGUAGCAGGUCCAAUUGGAAAUAAUGGAAAGACAGGUGAACGUGGUGAGCAGGGGGAGGUGGGACCAGUUGGACCAAGAGGUGGGCCAGGUGAAAGAGGAGCAAGAGGUCCUGAUGGGCCUGCAGGCCUUCCAGGUGCAAGGGGAUCUAAAGGGGAUCCCGGGCUUCCUGGUCUUCCAGGGCCUGCUGGAUUCAUCGGACAAAAAGGCGACAGGGGUGCGGUUGGAUUUACUGGUCCUAAAGGAGAGCAAGGGCCAUCUGGUGAAGAAGGAGCACCAGGAGACAAAGGAGAUGUUGGUGAUGAAGGAGAGCCAGGCGAGAAAGGAUCGACAGGAAAACAAGGAGAUCCAGGGAAUAAAGGGCCAGAGGGUGCACGUGGCCAAUCUGGACCCGACGGCCCAGUGGGAGUGCCGGGUCCAAGAGGCAUGCAAGGUGACCCAGGGGUCCCUGGAUUGCCUGGAGCCCAAGGAAAACCAGGCCGAGCACCAACAGAUGAACAUAUCAAGCAGGUCUGCAGAAGGGUUUUGCAUGGACAACUUGCUCAGCUGGCAGCCAGUCUGACAAGGCCUGAGUCGGGCAUUGCUGGGUUGCCAGGUCCUCCUGGUCCUCCUGGCCCUCCGGGUUCAUCUGGAGAAAAUGGGUUCCCUGGGCAUCCCGGAAGCAGAGGGCUGCCAGGCCUCAAAGGACCACCAGGGCUCUUGGGGAGGAAAGGCCCCAAAGGUGACCAGGGUGAUAGAGGUGACAGAGGGCUCACAGCAGUGGGACCUAAAGGUAUACCUGGACCACCAGGACUCCCAGGUGAGCCUGGUAAACCUGCGUAUGGCAGUAAUGGCCGGGACGGUCAGAGAGGGCCUGUAGGAGUUCCUGGAAUGCCAGGUGUGCCGGGGCCCCCCGGCCCCCCUGGCCUUAACGGAUACUGCGAGUCAUCUCAGUGUGUUCUUCAAGCAGCCGCAGGCCAACAGUCAUUCAAAGAGUCCAACAUGAAGGGGCCAGACGCUCUAUGAGUUGACAUCCAUCAGUGAGCCUCCCAUCAGAGCCUCUGGGCAGGGAAACU